AUGGCGAAAUUUUUCUGUCAUGUUGAUAAAGAAACAUCAAAAACGCAAAAGGACGGAGUUUACGGCCCACAAGUGGACUUUGGUGAAUUUAGUGAUAUCGGCAAAGAGAGAAGUCGUGAAAAGAAUUUUCCAUGCCGAAAGACGGAAGAAGAAUCAAGAUUUCGCGAGGUUAAAAGGGGAAUAAUUGCUUAUUCAGCUUGGUUUGAUAAGAGAAAAUCUCAGGAGUAUGUGCGGAUUUUGUUAUUGACUUCAACAACAGAGCCUCUUCCAAUACUUUUCUGUCGUUUUGACAGCGAAUUGAAACGAUCUUUCACCAGUACUGUCUCUUAUUAUCAACACAACGAAAACCAUUACAUGCCGUUUGGAUGCUUCAUAGCUUCUUGUGCUGUUCCACCCGAAUUGGACCAUAUACCAUGUUCUAUGAUUGUCUCUACGAAUGAAAAGUCAACUUCUAAAACACAAAAUGAAAGCAGCUCACUUGUUUUGCCCAUAAAUUUUAUCGACCGAAAAAUCGAGGUUGGCCACAGGCAAUACGGUAUUUGUAUACCUCCUCUUCAUGGUGAGAUAUCGGUGGACAGGUUGAUAGAGUUUUUGGAACUUUCACAAAUUUUAGGAGCUUCACAUUUUACUUUUUAUAACUUGGACAUGUCUGACGACGUACAAAACGUUUUGGAUUAUUAUGAAGAAAAGGGAUUAGCGCGCGUUCUUCUUUGGAAUUUACCUUCGUACAUUAGCGAGAAUGAUAUCCAUUAUUAUGGGCAAACUUUGUCGAUUAUGGACUGCUUAUUCCGGUCUAUGACUCAUCUUGACUACGUGGCUUUUAAUGACCUAGACGAGUUUAUUGUACCGCUUUAUCAUGACAACAUAAGCGUUUUACUAAAGGAAAUUCACCGCAAGGAACAUUGCGGGCACUGUUUUCAGAGCGCGAUAUUUGAUCCCUCUUGGGAAGAUCUGCAAAUGUCGCGUUUAAUAACCCAACGAGUUUUUCGUCGCACGAAAGAGGCUACGCCAUUUUGGACUAAAUGUAUUGUCGAUCCGCGUAGAAUUUUUGAGGUGGGGAUACAUCACAUUAGCAAACCAAUUGACGAUAAUUUUAUUGUUGAUCAAGUUGACUGGGGUGUUGCGCGGGUUUUUCAUUACAGAGAAUGCGACGACUCAGAAGCGUUAAUGCAGCCAGACUGUUCUGGAAACACUGAAGAAGAUAGAACUAUGCAGAAAUAUGAGGAACAGCUGCAGAUUAAUUUUGAAUUGAAUGCCAUGGCCAUAGUAGAUUUUGCCGAGACAAACUACGAAAGUGUUUGA